AUGCGCCAGAAGCUCCACAGCAGCAGCAGCAGCAGCAGCAGACUGCUGCUGACGAGCUGGGAAGCAUGGGCAGCAGCAGUUGGGGUGUCUGUGCAGCAGCUGCAGCAAAUUGUGCUUCUCGUGCAUGCGCCAGAAGCUCCACAGCAGCAGCAGCAGCAGCAGCAGCAGCAGCAGCAGAAGCAGCAGCAGCAGCAGCAGAAGCAGCAGCAGCAGCAGCAGCAGCAGCGAGAAGGGAAGAAAGACGAUGGACCUGCAGCAGAUGCAACGAGCGCUGCUGCUUCUGCUGCUGCUGAGGGAGACAGCAGCAGCAGCAGCAGCAGCAGCAGCAGCAGCAGCAAAGGGGGCAGCAGCAGUGAUGGAAUUAGCUGCCCUAGCGGGGUGCUGUCUGCUGCUGGUUACGAGCUGCUGCUGCUGCUGCUGCAUGCAGAAGGCGCGCUGCUGCAGAAGGGGCCCCAAGGCUCCGAGCUGCUGCUGCUGCAGCGGCCCCCCUCUGUGAGUGAGUGGGCUGCUGCAGCAGCAGCAGACACAGCAGCAGCAGAAGCUGCAGCAGUUGCUGCAGCUGUCGCUGGCAACUCCUCAGAUCCAGAGUUCGCAGCAGCAGCAGCAGCACCAGCAGCAGCACCAGCAGCAGCAGCAGCAGCAGCAGCAGCAGCAGCAGACUGGGUGCAUGCACGGCCUGAUCUAUCAGCAGCAGAAGUGCAGCAGCGGGAGGCUCUAAACAAGCAGCUACGUGGGCUUCAUUCUCUGGUGUCUUGGCAGCAGCAGCAGCUUGCUGCUGCUGCUGCUGCUGCAGUGAGAAGAUACCAAAGCACUUCUGCUGCUCGUCAGGAGCAGCGUCUUGCUGCUGUUGAUGGUGCUGUAGCAGCAGCAGCAGCAACAGCAGCAACAGCAGCAACAGAAGCAGAUGGGUUGCUGCUAGUAGCACUGAAGAGUGCGCGAGAAGGCUUAAAGAAACAUGCAACUGAGACCAUGCAUUCUAGACACCUUGCUGCUGCUGCUGCUGCUGCUUCUGCUGCUGCUGCUGCUGCUCCUGCUGCUGCUGCUGCUGCUGGUGGUGGUGCUGCUGCAACUGCCUCGGCGUCAAUCCAUUCAGACGAAAGCAGCAGCAACAACAGCGACAGCACCCUAACCAGCAGCAAUAACAGCAGCAGCAACACCAGCGAUGGCCAAAGAAAAGACAAAUUAGGAGAGCUGCUGGAGGCGGAUGAAUCGCAGCAGGAGGAGGAGCAGCAGCAGCAGCAGCUAGCAGCAGCAGCAAAAGAAGUUUGGCGGUUUGCUGCUGCACACCUAAACCCAGAGCAGCUGCAUGCGCUGCAGCACGCAGCAGAAAGCCCCAACGCAGCGCAUGCACAGACGCAGCUGCAGCGGAACCUGCUGCUGCAGCAGGCAGUGAAGCAGCUGCGGCAAGCAGAGCUCAAGCGUGUGCAGCAGCAGCAGCAGCAGCAGCAGCAGCAGCAGCCGGAAGCAGCAGCAGCAGCAGAAGAUCCUGUGCUGCAGCAGCAGCUGCUACUGCAGCACAGCCCGCUGCUGCAGAUGAAACCGACAGAUACUAACCAGCAGCAGCAGCAGCAGCAGCAGCAGCAGCAGCAGCAGCAGCAACAGCGGCAGCACAGCAGCAGCAGCUGUACACCAGCAGCAGCAGCAGCAGCAGCUGUACAGCAGCAGCAGCAGCAGCAGCUGUACACCAGCAGCAGCAGCAGCAGCAGCAGCAGCAGCUGUACAGCAGCAGCAGCAGGACCAGUAUCCUAG